UAAAAUGUUAAGGUACGUCACUGUUUUAUCCGUUUCACACAACUAACUGUCAAAUUAAGAAGACACUGAUUAGCGUUUUAUAAAUUAUGUAUGUGAAAUCGUAUGUUGGAGGUUGAAGGGAAACCGAGAGCAGUAUGAUCUGCAUUCGUAAUGUUCAUUUAUUGUCAUGACAUAUACGAUUAAUGAUGUCUCUACCGCAUGGGAGCAAGGUUAACGUCGAUUACAAAGCACGACUAGAACACAAGUUAUACCUGGCUAGAGAAAAUCCAGAACCAAUAUUUGAUGUGUCUGAAUGUGCUUUAAAACAUGUACCCUCUGGUAUCUAUUCAUUAUGUAAGGUAUUUAGAAAGAGGGUGCUACUGAUGUAUAAUAACAAGUUAACUUCACUUUCGGCUGGAGGUGCCUUAAGCGAUUUAUCAUUACUUGCUAUAUUAGAUAUUCAUGGAAACGAAUUUACUCAUUUACCAUCAGACAUAAUGUGUCUUGCUUCUCUCAAGGAACUUUAUUUACAAGACAACAAUAUACGAAAACUGCCAAAUGAAAUAGUAAAUUUAAGUAAAUUAAACAUAUUAAAUGUUGCAAAAAAUAAAUUGAAACAGUUGCCAGAGGCAAUGGGAAAUUUAAAGCAUCUUGCUAUAUUAGAUAUUAGUUAUAAUAAACUUCAUAAACUUCCAAAAUCUUUGGGUUAUGCACAACAAUUAACAGAAUUAAACAUUGAUGGGUUAAACUUGUUAUAUCCACCUCAAGAUAUUUUAAAUGGAGGCACAAUAGUAAUUAUAGCAUUUUUAGCAAAUGAAAUUGGUAUUAAAUAUUUACCAAAAGAGCCUGAUUCUAAAACAGACUUAUCAAGAAAUAUAAGUUUUGAAGAUAUACAAGGAAUAUAUCAGAAUAAAAAUAAUGAUGUACAGGCUGCAUUACAGAAGCUAGAAAAAAUGAAGGCAUGUGGACGCUUCUUUUAUUUUAGCAUGCUUUCAAAUGAACAUCGCCAAAAUGCAUUAUUGGAAGUAGAAAAGCAUAUCAAGCAACAACAAGAAUAUGAGAUGGAGAUGCAAUUAAUGUUAAAAAAACAUAAGAAAAAGCUUUUGGAAGAUCUUGCUCUACAGCAAACUCAAUUACAACAUGAAUUACAAAAAGUACAACAAGAAAAAGAUUCUAACAGAGCACGCUUACUUUCCUACAUUUACAAUGCUGAAAAAGAAGCAGAUAAUGUUAUCAAAGAAUUUUUAAGAAAUAGUGAAGAAGAAAGACAAACUCAGGCUGAAUUAUUAGAACAAGAAAAACAAGAAGAAAUGCAAUUAUUAUCUUCUUGUCACACAGAACAAUUUAUGUUUCGUACAAAGGAUACUCUUUUUUCAAUGGAGAAAUUACUUGAAGAAGAACUUCAUAAAACUAGAAAGUUUGAAGAACAUAGCAAGUAUAGAGAUUAUACUGCGCAGUCUUUGCUCACACUAGAAGUAAGGAAUAACGAUCAUUUAGCACAAAUAAUGCAAAAUCAAGAAGAGAAAAGACAGGAUUUAAUUGACACAUUAAAACAAGAUGAAGUUUUGCAGAAGGCUGCUGUUGCAGCAUUACUAGAACGUAGUGAUGCACGUUGUUGGAGUAUUGUGCAACAAGUCAAUUUGGUACAAUCGCAAUUAGCUGCACUUACGAACAUUGAACUAGAAAGGAGAAAAUUAGAAAUUAACCAGCAACUUAAUGAAAUAGCUGAAAAAAGAGUAGCCUUGAGUGCUAUUCUAAUGAACUUGUUAGAACAACAGAAAAACAGAAGAGAUCAACUUCUAGAAACAAUUAAUACGAUAGAACAACAACGUUGUAUUAAUAACUCUAGAAAACAAAGUCAAUUUUGGUUAAUGCAAUAUCAAUCUUUAAUGGAAACACGUCCUCAAGGUUUAUUGGAAAUGUUAGAGCCAACAUUAGUGCGACAUGUUGCAAUAGCGGGCGCAUUACACUGUUUGCCAUUUCUAGCUUCCUUGCCAUCAUUACUUCCAGACCUUAGUGAUGAACAAUUAAAAACUAUUGGAAUACAUUGUGAAAAUGAUCGCACUGCUAUAAAACUUGCAGCUGAAAAUUAUUUAGCAGAAUUAAAACUCAAUGAAUCCGGAACACCUAUAACACCUUCUGCACCACCAGAAGAAGCUUGUACAAGUUCUAACUAUCAAGAAUAUAAUGCUACUCAGAGCAUCAAUACUGCCGAAUGUGUAAUUUGCCUUGAUUUACAAUGUGAAGUAAUUUUUCUACCAUGUGGACACCUUUGUUGCUGUUCAGGUUGUGCAAAUAUGAUUUCUUCAGAUUGUCCAAUGUGUAGAAGUGUGAUAGAUCAUAAAAUUCACAUUGUAAAGCCUUAAAAUAUGAAUUUUUUGUAAACAAUUCCAGUUAAAUAUUAUUUGUCUAUUAGUUAACAGUACGUUAACAAAUUACUAUUUCAAAAUUUGUAUAAAAGAAUGUAACGAUAUAUAUCCAUAUACUUUAGAUAUUUCCAUCUACAAAAAGAACAUUUCAUAAAAGUAUAAAAUUUAGCCAAUAAAAUUUUUUUAAAUUA